AUGUGGGUUGUAGUAGCAGCGUGGGUGCUGUGCUUGGCCUCUCUCUCCCUCCCCUGGCCCGGCUACACCCUCAUCGUUCUGCUGUGCUGCGUCGCCUUCUUCGAGCUGGCGAGCCCGACGGCUUGGGUCGCUACCGCGAGAGGGGGAGGCAACAACCCAGCGGCGGCCGGUCGAACACCGUCAACGAUAGACAUGUCCGACACACGAAAGGCGACUGCUAUUCCUGGGCCGCCGCCGCCGCCGCCGGCUGCUGCCACCGAAGCUACUGCUGUUGCGUCAUACGCAAGAUGCAGCCCUUCGGUGGCCUUCGCGGGCGUGAUUCGCUACCUGGCCAGCCACUUGCGGCGCCGAGGCGGGGGUGAGAUUGAGGAGGUUGUUACCACGCAGGUGGGGUCCGGGGACGACCAGGAUGAUGAUCAUGCUCUCCGCAAGGAACAGCAGGAGCAGUCGAAGACCGCCAAAAAGAAGCCUUCGGCGACCUUCCUGAAAGGCUCCGUGGGAUCUUUCUCGAGGGGGGGGUUGAUGGUGACCCACGAAGGGCGAGUGAUCUACAAGGUCAAUCAGGACAGGGGGCUCAUCUCGCACCCUUCCCUCAACAGGGCGAAACACACCGUGUUUGGUGUGUUCGACGGACACGGGGAGAACGGGGAGCAUGUGGCCGCGUACACGAUGCGGGAGGUGCCCCGCAGAUUAGAGCUCCACCCGGAAUCCAUUCGCGACCCCGUCAGCGCAUUGGAGGACGUGUUUUUGGGCAUCAACUCUUCCCUGCCGAAGUCCGGCAUCAACGCCGUUUUCGGCGGCUGCACGGCGGUGGUGGCUCUGGUGAGAGGGCCGAGGGUGUGGGUCGCCAACGCUGGCGACUCGCGGGCGCUCGUGGCCGGGAGGGGGGAGGAUGGCUUGGUCGUUGCGCGCGGGCUGACACGCGAUCAGAACCCCGACUCUCCCGGAGAGCGGGAGCGUAUCGAGGCCAUGGGCGGGUUCGUGAGCGACCCCGAAGAGGCGGGCGCAUCAGCAAGGGUCUGGUUGGACGCGACGAAGACGCUGGUCGGGCUGGCCAUGGCGAGGUCGAUCGGCGACCUGGCCGUCAAGAGGGUUGGCGUCAUCGCCCUGCCGGAGGUAACAGAGUACGUCCUCCAGCCCGAAGACGAGUUCCUCGUGCUUGCCAGCGACGGAGUCUGGGAGUUCAUCGAUAAUCAGGAGGCGAAGCCCGCGUCGGAGAUCGUGCAGGGCUUUUUCGACAGGGGAGAAGACGCGGCGGGAGCCUGCAAGGGUCUGAUGGAGAUGGCUAACCGGAGAUGGUCCGACAUGGUCGGCGACUACCGCGACGACAUCACGGCCACCGUGGUCAAGCUCCCCUUCCUGCCGCCUGCUGCGGCGGCGGAAGCCUUGGUCAUGAACGUCGCGAGCGCGAACGAGGGCGACGCAACCGCCGCUUCGGCAGUAGCGGCGGGAGAAGAGGAAGCGGCAGCCGUUGCGACAACGUCCUCCCCUUCUGCUGCGGCAGGGGAAGAGGUGGAAAAUCGGUCGGACGGUGCGGAGGUAGAGGAUUCCGGUGCUCGUGACACCGCUGACCCCGACGGUGGUAGCAGCGGUGACGCUCUGGUCGGACAAGGCGGAGCAACAGGCACGGAGCUGCAGAGGGACGGGGGAUACGAAGAUCAGGAACGGGGGCACGGGGCAGCGGUGGCGGCCGUAGCGGGCCGCGGCGGCGCCGCGGUGAGCGGGGGCUUGACGCCCACUACGGAAGGUGCAACUCGGGCAGACGUGAGCCAGGACAAGGACGGCGGCGGUGGCGAUCACGACGAAGCCGGUAACAACGUGAAGGGGUUCUCCGAGAUUCCGGAGGAGGCGCUCGCCGCGAGGAUGGCCGGGGAGGAUGGGAGCCCGGCUCCGCUGCUGGCGCCCGCGUUUUCGCCGGCACUGCCGACGGCGGCGGCCGGAACGCGCGAGUCGGUGAAGACAUAUGAUGAUGAUGAUGAUGAUGAUGAUGAUGAUGAUGAAGCCGACGCUUCGACGCAAGUGGGAGCCGAAUUUUUCGACGACAUGGGGGAAGACGACGGGGAAGGUCUUGGGGAAGAAGAGGGAGAGGAAGGCGAAGAAUGGGAGUGGGAAUUCGGGGCGCGAGAGAACAGGCAGCCGAGCAGAGAGAUUCGAGAGGCCAGCAAAGAAUUCCCCUCGGGAUCUCUCGACGCGCUUGUUGCGGGAGCAGACUCUUCUUCCCCCCGAACGAAUUGAUUGGAUUUGCCGCGACAUCAACGUUUUGGUGCUAAAAUUGUGUGGGCAUCGCUGUGUAGUGAAAGUUAAAUGUGUUGUGUUGUUGGGUCGUUGCUGUUGUAGAGCGGAGAAUGGUGCUGAGGUGUGGGUGGGAAUACCUGGGGGGCUGUGAAGAGCGUUAAUUUUCGACCCACCGUUUGCGAGAAAGCUGAAAGGUAUGAUGUUGCGGAAGACGGAGUGUUUGUGUGUGUGCGCGCGCUCGUUUCGAGGCUUUGCAGAGAAGAUUUGCUUCUGAGAAGCUAGUACCGUACCACGGGGUACAGUUCACACCCGUGACCGGGCUCCCGUCACCGGCCCCCCUCAUUCCUAUUUCGUCAGUUUGAGGAAACCGUGUGCCCACCACCGCGCCGGCCACCUACUUCUUCCAAGUAGAUUCAUUUCAACAUGUUGAAGGGCAAUUUGAUGCCUUGCUGAUGGAAGUCGUUUGCCAAAGUUUGGAGACCCUUGCUCCUCCUACGGAGGCCGAUUGUCCCAGGUUUUUGUCCCAGGUUAUUGAUUCUCGGGAUUGACCGUUUUCGGCGGGCGAGCGGACGAUCGCCAGCGACACCCCCACACAUUCCGUCGAUUGACCUCUCUUGGUUUGUCCGUUCAACAUAGAUAGAUUUCUCUAGAGGGAAGGUCGUUCAAGCUCUUCUGAGUUUUCCACCGGAUGGCCAAGCUAACGAGUCGCCUUGUAAGGGGUCGCCUUUGCUGGGUGUCGGUGGCACGACCAGCCAUCCAUGUCAAGGGGCAGGCCCGCAACAGCAGACCCACUGGUAGUAGUAGGCAUAAAACGGGCGCAGGUUUGAUUCGCGGCGCGAAAGCGCGGUGCUGUGUGCGCUGCACCUGCACGAGGUAGCGGUUCCCACGGCGCCCUGUGGUGGGCGACUUUUAUCAGCAUCUCGAAAUGUCGGGACCUUUUUUUGGUCGACGUGUUUCCUGUACAAAGAAGGUAAUUGUAGCGAGAAGGCCGGGGGGUUGUUUCGGUCGGGGCUGCAGCGAAACCAACGCCCCUUUUCCUGUUUUUGAUCGGCGAUCAAGUCCGACAACCGCACGCGGGCAAUGAACUCAUUUCUUUUGGGAGUUUGGAAUCGCGAUCCCCCCAAAAAACUGUGGCUUAGAGAGCACGUGGUCGGAUAUCGAAGAGGUUGGCAAGGUCUAUUGAAAGAUCCAUUACGGAUGUAUGCCCUCGCGUAUUUUAUCGCGCCUCCCUCCGGCCAUUUUUGUGUUUGUGGUUGCUCUGGUGAAGGCGGAGGAGGUAUCUCGUUGGAUACACGGCGAGGGGGGAAGAGCAACAGCAAACAAACCGCCGACUGCGCUGUAUGGCCUGCCGUUCCGUGUUGGUCGCCGUCGCGUGGUGUGUCGCACGAGAUUUAGUAUUCUGCUGUAGAUCCAGAUACACAAACAUAAAUGUAGCAGCGCGCGCGCGAGAGAGAGAGAGUUCUGUUGGUUGGGGGUUGGUCGAGAACGCAAGGGUACCAAGUUGAGAAAAACGGGCGCACGUUUGUUGCUGCAUUUUUUGCCUAGAUCGUUCGUCGACAGCGAAGCGAAGCGUCGCCGUCGUUCAUACCGACAAAGGAGAAAAAGAUGUAAGUUGAUCGAUCGUCGACGUUUGUCCUCCAUGUUGGUGUUCCUUGUAUUUUGUUUUUGCUGAUUUUCUCCCUGUGUGGAUGUACUGUGAGUGCUCUUCAUCUUGCACAACCCAAACAAAGAGGGGAAAAGGGACAAGGCAAUGUGUAUGUUAGGCCGUGUUGUCUUGUGCGUAGAGAAAAGGCGAAGAGACGACAACAUGUUGCUAGAGCGUAGAAUAAGCAAACGGCCGUAGUCUCGCCACCUGCCGGAAGAGCCUCCGGAAAUUUAUGUUGUACCUAUCUAUGCUGUGUUUCGAGUAAGUAAAGUAUCCCGUGUGCCUGUUUAUUUAGAGGAGUUGCAUUAGAACGCUGCCCAGAUGUUUGUUUUAGAAUGUUUCUGUGUUGUGGAAUAGCGGAGUGUUUCCAUGAGGAAAAUAUUGUGACGUGUGGCGGGAGACAGGGUGUAUUGGACUGCUGUCUCCGCGCGCUGAAGGGCGGAGAACAAGAAUGGCGACCCCGUUCGCACGGUGACUGUUGAAAGUAGGAGCGCACGCGACGACCAAAUUGAAGCCACGCCGCGUACCAUCAGUGAGCUCAGUUAAAACGACAGAGGGAGGCACUCCUUGGUUCGAGGGGACACAGUUUUGCUCGCGUCAGACGCGAUUUUUCGGGGGGCGUUUUGGCGUGGCAAGACACGUACGUGCGUUACGUUGCAUACGUGAACGUGAGGGCACGCAGUGUAAGCGCGACUUGGUCAGUAGCAAUAAUCGGCUUAUAUUUGUUGAAGUGAGUUUUCGGGAUAGAGGGGUGUUUUUCCAUUGAGGGCUCAGAUUGAGGCAACAUUCAGUUCGAAAAAAGGAAUAUGGUUACACUCCAUUGCUACUAAAUUACGGGAUAUGCAUAUGAAGUUCGGAAAUCCGCACUUGCUGCUCGUGUGGGCAACGUGUUCCGUCAUGAUUUUCAGGUUAUCGAUAGAUUUUCACGCAAGAGGUCCCUAUCAGCGUAGAAGUAUAAUAGCUGGUGGUAUGUUUGUCUUAAUGGCGGUGGUGGGUGUUUCGUCGGCGUGCUCCAACACCUUGGAAGGAACGAAUGAAUGAAGAAUCAGUCGUCGUGUA